AUGUCUAAAUUAGAUUCAAUUGAUUCAAUUUUAGUUGAUAAAUUACCAAAACCCGAAGAAAUUUUUCAAUUAAAAAAUGAUUAUAUCGAAGGAGAACCAUUAAAAUUUGUUUGGAUGGUUGAAGAGCAUUUAACCGAAACAUUAUGGUGGCCUUCCAAGAAUAAUGAAGAAAAUUUGAUAUUAUUUGUUGUUCCCGGAAAUCCUGGCGUAAUUGAUUAUUAUUUUGAAUUUUUGAAUACAAUUCAUCAUGAACUUGGAAAGAAAAUCGACAUCGUUGGAGUUUCAAUGCUUGGACAUUCUCACGGACCUCAUAAUCCAUCCUUAAAAAAUCUAUAUUCGCUUCAAGAUCAGAUUGAUCAUAAAAUUCAAUGUGUUGAUAAAUUAAGAUCACAAUUCACUUCACAAGAAGAUGGGAAACAACCUAAAUUCAUUAUUUGUGGACAUUCAAUCGGUGCAUAUGUUGGUUCUCAGGUAUUGAAAGCGAGGCCAAAUCAUGGAAUUGAAAAUAUUUAUGCUUUGUUUCCUACUUUGCAAAAUAUGGUAAAAACUCCUAAUGGCAUGAUGAUGAAUUUCUUAUUUAAUGAACGCGCACGUAGUUUAGCCGCAUCAACCGUUGUAAAUUUACGUUAUUUUGUUCCACAAACUUUAUUUAAAUUCUUUGUCUCCCAAUUGACCCGUCAAAAAGAAUCCAUGAUAGACAUUACAUUGUCUGCUCUUCUUCAUGGACAUGUCGUGGAAAACGCAUUAUAUAUGGCAGAUAUUGAAAUGAAAACUGUAUGUGAAUUAGAUGAAGAAUUCUAUAGAGAGCAUAUAGAUAAAUUUAUAUUUUAUUUUAGUGAAGGUGAUAAAUGGGCACCACUUGAGCAUUAUGAAGAUAUGAAAAACAGGUUUCCUGAGGGAAGAGUGUUAUUAUGUGAAAAGAAUACACCACAUGCUUUCGUAUUGGAUCAUGGUGAAGUUAUGGGGAAAAAAGUUGCUGGAUGGAUGUUGAUGCUUCCCUAA